UACAGCCUAUAGGGUAUGAGCAGUAAAUAAGCGGAUGAUCUUAAAUGCAAACAGUAACAAAUUUUGCGGAAUGUCUAUUCAAUGUAUCGAUAAGAUCAAUCGACAUAUUUUAUCACAGCCAACUUAACAUUGAAGAGAGUGACAUGAAAUUGUGCUUAAAAUAAAUAAAUUGCUGAAGAAAAGGAGAAAAAGAAAUACAGUAACGAAAAUGAACAACCAGGCAAGCCACGCAACCUCUUCGUCUUCCGUCGCCGCUAAGAGACGCCACACCGACGAGCAGGUGUCGGUGAACAUCUUUACUAAACAACUCGUGACUGACAUGAAGAGCCUCUGCAUGGACCAGCUCUUCUCGGACAUCACUUUCCUCGUGGAGGAUCAGAGCCUGCCCGCGCACCGCAUGAUUCUAGGAAAGCGCAGCAAUUACUUCUACGGCCUACUCUACGGUGGCAUGUCCGAGUCAAAAAAAGAUCUGAUUCGGCUGGACGUGCCGUUGGAGGCAUUCAAAAUAAUCCUGGGCUACCUUUACUCGGGCACUCUGCCCUUAUCCCAACUGGACCUGAAUGCCAUUUUCAAAGUGCUCGGUUUGGCCAAUAUGUAUUGCUUGCUGGAAGUCGAGAAGGCCAUAGCCAAACAUCUGCACCAGAAUCUGGACGUCAGCAAUGUGUGCAUGAUCCUGGAUACAGCGCGCCAAUUCAAUCUUGCAGACCUGACCAUGAAAUGCCUCGAUUUCGUGGACAGACAUACGGGCCAACUGUUCGCGCGCGAAUCUUUCCAAAUGCUCUCGAAGGAAUCGCUUGAAGAAGUCCUGCGACGGGACACUUUCCUUGCCCACGAACUGCAAAUUUUUCAUAUGGUAUGCAAAUGGAGCCGCCACAAUCAUAGCGUGGACAUCAAGUCGUUGCUCUCGCUUGUACGUCUCCCUCUCAUUUCUGUGAAAGACCUGGUGAAUGUGGUGCGUCCAUCUGGAAUUAUCCACCCGGAUGCAAUAUUCGACGCCAUCAAAACAGCGUUCAAUCCUUCGAAUCUGGCCUACCGUGCCGUCCUACAUCCAUGGUUAAAUGUGGCCUCAGGAACCCAUGGGGCACGUAGUUUAACUGUGAGCUCGUAUGAGAUCUUAAUCAAGCUGAAGUUCUGGUGCAUAAUCAAUAAUAUCAGAGUCGUGAAUACUCUAACUGCAUUCUCGCUCAACUGCACCGUACUGAUCUCUUGCAACUUUACCCACUGGGUGCGCAUGGGAAAUAUCAGAUUUACAGCAUCAAAACCAUCCCACAAUAUCCGCUUCACGCGCAGGCCUGUUCGCUACAUUCGCAUCGUACAUUCAGAGAGUGGACGCAAGGACAUUUUAAAGAAUAUGCGUAUUUCAGCCAUUUUGAGCCCCCUGCUUGCAAUAUAACAACAUUUCCUAGAUGAUCGAUCGACCUGAAGACUGUUGGAAGUAGCGACCCCUGACUGAAGAUCUAACGACUUGUUCCUUUUCUUUUUCCUUUAAAUGGAUUUUUGUUAUUUUAACUUACUUUAACUUUAAUUAAUUUCUCCCAAUGGAUUAAAUUCGUAUAACUAUAGAGAUAUACAUACAGCAUUUUUGUUACU